AUUCCCUAACACACCACAGAUUACCAUAGAAUUUUAUAGGUAUAGAUACCAUUUAGCUUCACCCACAAGCUAAAUUAUUACCCAAAUUUACAAGAAUAUAUAUGUAUAAUUUCUAAAUGGUAAUAUAUAUGUAUAUACUGUAUAGUGUUAAUUUAAUACAAACUUGAAAAACAACCAUGAAAUACAAUGAGAUAUCUCAUUUCAGUCACCCACAACACAAGCUCAAAAUCGAAUUUACGGAAGUACCCUUUAAGUGUGAUGGGUGCAAAGAGAUCGGUAUAGGAUCUUGCUACAAAUGCAACUUAUGUGAAUAUGAUCUUCAUAUGCAUUGUGCUAUCCCUACCCCUGUAAUCUACCACCCUUACUACCCCAAAUGCUCCUUCAUUUUCAUGUCGAGGCCGCCUGGGAACGUGCCUCGUUAUUGCAACGCUUGCGAGAGGGGUAUUUUCGGGUUUUCAUAUCAUUGCAAGUCUUGUGGCUUUGAUCUUCAUCCUUGUUGUGCCAAGCUUCCUACUGUGUUAGAUGAUGGGGAAAUCACGUUGUAUCUUUAUAGGAAGGUAAGUGCAACAUGUCAAAGAUGCGGGCGAAAAGGACGGAGUUGGAGCUAUCGAUCAUCAAAUAAAAAGUAUAAUCUACACGUUGCUUGUGUCAAAGACAUCUUGAUUGACAGCUGGCAAGACUUGUACAAUGGCCGUAGUGGGCCGACGAAGACUGUUCCUGAUGUACCGGGCCUGAAAUGGGCCCUGAUCCAAACCCAUAGUCAUAGGUCGUAUUACACUAACAGUAACAGUAAGAGCAAGAAGGGAUCAUCAAAAGUUGAAAAGUGCUGUGAAAUGGCUGGAAUGACAUUACAGUUCGUUAUAUCAGCUGUUCUUGGUGAUCCCACUUCUCUUAUUGCUGGGGUCAUUGGCUCUUUGAUGUCUAGGUAGCACCUAUACUACACCAUACUCAUCUGUUUUACUACACUUUAAUUUGUAACAAGUUGUACGAGUAAAACUAAGUGAUUGCAUGGUUCACAAUAUGUACACACAUUUACAUAAAGUUGAAACUUCUUUCAAAAAAGAA